UUGAUAUUCCACGAUUUUGAUAUUUUAAUAUUUACUAGCUAGUUAGCCCACUUAUUUAAUUACAAUUUUUUUAAAAUCUAGCAACAACACCUGCAUAUAGGAUUUGUCAGAACAGGAGUGGAAGGUGUCGGAAAUGGUAAAAUCGCCGUGGCAGCGCGAGGAAAACGGGUCUCAAUCCCCGUGCCAAAUUGAACACGCGAUGGGCAUGAAGGAAAGCCAUCCGGGAUCUCCGAGCGAGGAUUACUUUGACAUCACAGAACAGCAUGCGCAGCUGGAUGAAGGGCAUAUCAAGACUGAACCGCAUGACGAGCAGUGCAUGGAUUUCGAGCGGGAUCCUUUCGACGAGCUGGCAGAGCUCCUCGAGGAAGAAAAUGUGCCCGUGUACCUGGUUGAUAUGCCAUUAGAGGCGCCACCACCGCCAUCUAUCUCACUAUCCGAUGACUGCUUUUUGUUCACUAGACGCAGCAAAGUGGAAAUUGCCUCUCCAGUUGCAAGUUCUCCCGCCAGCAUAAGCGAAACCCUGGCCCUGGACUCACCAAAAAAGAGCGAAACAGCCUUGGAGCCAAUUGAUGAAGCGCACGUUCAAAGUAAAAGUCGUUUGCAUUCCAGGCGAUCCUGUGGUUCUCCGCCAUGGCAUCCAUCUAGGCGUAGGCGUUCUCGGAGUGGGUCUACCAAAAAACGACAAUGCAGUCCGAUUAGAUCAGCGCCUAGGCUCAGAAACGAUCACAAAGGAGAUAGAACCACUUGCAGCCGGGAUGGGGCUCAUAGAAAAAGUUCCUCGAUGGAAACUAAAAGAUGCAACAAAUCAAGGGCAAAAAGCCCAGGCCAGAUCAGACGUGAGAGAGUGCCAAGGAAGAGUACCACGAGGAUAUCAGCCGACACCAACAGGAAUAGAACACGCAGCCCAAAUAGGACGAGUUCCAACGAUCGUGAACAGUUUCGCAAGCAGAUGUCCUACAAUAGGCUAUCGCGCCGUAAAUUCGAGGAGCAUUGGAAUGCAUUUGGCCGUAGACGUUCCAGGAGUGGUUCAUCGAACAGAAGACCCUUGCGUCGAGACAGUUUGAGUCCGAUAAGAUCACCGCACAGAGGCCGACGGGAGUUUCCCAGAUACAUCCGUCGCUAUUCCCCAAAACGACUGUCCCGACCGAUGUCUUUCCCGGGAGCCCACCAAAAGCCACUCAAGAAGUAGAUCACGACAGCGAUGUCGUUCACGUCAGCAACCCAAAAGACACUCUAGAAGUAGAUCCCGACAGCACUGUCCCCCUCGUGAGCCACCUAAACGCCAC